AUGUCGUGGCUGCGAUCGGCGGUGAAUAAGGCGGUGGGGGUGGGGAAUAAGAACAACCUCACACGCACCGUCAAGAACUACGCUGACUCAGUUGUCCAACAAGCCGGUCAAGCCGUCGCGGAGGGUGCUAAGCUCUUCCAAGAUCGCAUUGGCGGUCGGAAUUUCAAAAGCUUCAAGCAGACUGUGAAAAGGUUGGAAGAAGCUUCUGUUUCUUGCAGAGGACCUGAGAGACUUGAGUUGAUGAGAAGGUGGUUAGCCGCACUUAAAGAAGUUGAAAAAUUAUCUCAGAUUUCCUCUGAAGACAAAGACAAGAACAUUGAGCAGCAUCAGCUCCCUGAAGAACAAAAGAGUCCAAGAAAACAAUAUAUGGUGCUGUAUUAUGAUUCUGAUAUGGGCGGUGAACCCAUGACUUUUACUGAUGUCUUUCUGUACAGUCAGGCUUUGGAAGGCAUAACCAUAUGCAUGAUUCUUGAAGCACCAAGUGAAGAUGAAGUUGCUCUGCUCCUUGAACUGUUUGGUAUGUGUCUCAUGGGAGGAAAAGAAGUGCACAAUGCAAUAGUUAGCAGUAUACAGGAUCUUGCGAAAGCUUUUUCAAGCUAUGAAGAUGAAGUAUUGGUGAAGCGUGAGGAAUUGCUUCACUUUGCAGAAGGAGCCAUCACAGGAUUGAAAGUCAAUGCUGAUAUUCGGAGAAUUGAUGCUGAGGUUUCCAAAUUGAAGAGAAAAAUUGAUGAACUGAAAUCAUCAAAUAAUCAUGCUGGGGAUGGUCGUGAAACAAACAUUCAAGAUAAUGCAAUUCCGACAUUGGAGGCUCUCAAAGAAGCACUUUCACAUGUCCGAGUUUGUUCCAAGUUAGAAGGGUUUCUACUGAGGAAAAAAGCUAUUAAAUAUGGAGACACAGCUGAAAUUCAUGCGCAAAAGGUUGAUAAGUUGAAAGUCUUGUCAGAAUCUCUUUUGAGCUCCUCCUCAAAAGCCGAGAAGCGCAUCUCAGAUAACAGAGCUCAGAAAGAAGAGGCAUUAAAGUUUCGCGUGAGCAAAGCAAGUGAAGUUAGUGAAACAGAAAAGGAACUAGCAGCUGAGAUUUCAGGUCUCGAGAAACAAAGAGAUGAACUAGAAGCUGAACUUAAGAAGGUGACUAUCUCCUUGACUGCUGCUCAAGCCCGUCUUCACAAUAUGAGGGAAGAAAGAGACCAAUUCUAUGAAGCUAAUGAUCAGAUUGUUGCCCAUUUAAAAACUAAGGAAGACGAGCUAUCGAAAUCCAUUAACUCAAGCCGAGUAGAAGCAGAUGUUCUAAGUACUUGGAUAAAUUUUCUGGAAGAUACUUGGUCUCUUCAAUGUUCACAUACAGAGACAAAAGAGAAGGAAACCGAUGAUGAAUUGCAGACACAUGAAGGCUACUUUUUAAAUUUGGUUAUUCAACUGCUUUCGGACUAUGAGAAUGAGUUGAGACCCUGUAUUGAUCGCAUUGAAAAAUACGUGGAGAAUUUGAAGAGUUUAACCGAAGGGUCAGCACUGGCUUCUAACGUGGAAAAUGAUUAUUCCAAAAUACUGAACCCAAGGAGAAGCCUUGAGGAGGAAUACCUCAACUAUGAAGCUAAGAUCGUCACGACUUUCAGCAUAGUGGACAACAUGAGAGAGCAGUUCUAUGCUCAACGAGGAACAAUCUCCAGUAAAGAUGAUCCAAAGGUGAAAGAGCUAUUUGACAAAAUUGCUAAGAUAAGAGAGGAAUUUGAAUCUAUAGAGAGACCAAAUCUAGAAAUCGAGAAUCCCCCUCCACGGGCAGAUACAUCAUCUGGUGAGAAGCUGCAGGAAAGUGUUGUACACUCCUUGGAACUAGCUGCAGAGGCACCUGAAGCUGGGAAAGACAAGCAGCCUGAGCAACCCAGCAUCAAGUCUGAGCAGGUGCUUGACCCUGAAGCAGAAUUGGCAAAGCUGGAGUCUGAAUUUGGUAAGUCAAACAGGGAUUACUCUGCGGAAGAAAUUAAUGACUGGGAAUUUGACGAGCUCGAGAAAGAAUUGAGAUCUGGUGAUUCAUCAGGGAAAUAG